AUAGUGGUGAGUGGGGCUGAGGGGUGUUGAAGAGUGGGUAGGAUGUUAUUUUCACUGUAUAUACUUUCUGUAACUUGAGUUUUAGACUAUGUAAAUUAAUAUUACCUAUUUUUUUAAAAACUUAAAACUUCUUAUAUUUUCUUAAUUUUCUAUAUUGAAUCUAUACUAUGUAAAUGAAUGAAAAACAUCUAUUUCUUUAAAAGUUGUCAGGCAAUUGAACACCAUUUUAUUUUUUUUCACUGAAUUUUGACAUAUCAAGCAAAGACCACAUUUUUUAAAAAGUUAUAUUUACCUUUGGAGGAAUACAACUACAUUAUCCAAAUAGGUCAGUUAGCUGUGGCUUGGAGUACCAGGAACCAACAUAGUCACUCAGUUGGAUAUUACCGUUUUGGGAAAGCUCUUUCACAUCCGUGCUUGGGUCCCUUUCUACAUUUCGCCCUGAGUGGAGCCAUAAUUGAGGCUUACUGAAGAUCACAAAUUUUGAAAUCAGACCUGAGACUGCACUUCAGCUCCAGCACUUAUCAGUCAUGCAACCUCAGGAAAUGUGCUAGUUAACACCAAGCCCUUUUCCUCCUGGGGAAAAAUAAUACGUACUUUUCAGGAUGGCCGUAAGGAUUAAGAUGAAAGAGGACUUUCCAAAAGCUACAGGAAAUGUGAUACUGCACCUGAUUUAAUAUAGAGCUUAUUCAUGUGACAUUUUGGUAUGCCAGAAACCAAAAGUAAGUUAAUUGAAGGCACUAAACUGAAAUAAAAUAGGAAGAUCAUCAGCUGAGAACGACCUGCUGGAGAAAGAUCCUCUUCUAAGGAGCUUCUGGGAACUGCCUUGGUGACUGGAACUGAUCCUCCUCCUCCACUUCCUGCCCUUUGCUGACCUUCCAUAGCCCCCCCAGAUGCUCCUCCAGGGAGUAGCCUGCUUUUCUGCCUUCCCCUGGGCCCCACGGGAUGGAAAAUAAAGCAAAGCAGUAUCUUAUCGUCUAUCUUUCAGCAGGCCUUCUGAAGUUUAACUAAAAAUAUGACUGUGCUUGCUUCAGAGAACUGCUCUUCUCAGUACCAGUUACAUCAAACAAGUCAGCCCCUGGAUGGUAACUGUCUGCUAAUCUUGAUUAUACUUGGGAAAAUAUUAUUAAAUAUCCUCACACUGGGAAUGAGAAGAAAAGACACCUGUCAAAAUUUUAUGGAAUAUUUUUGCAUUUCACUAGCACUCCUGGACCUUUUACUUUUGGUAAACAUUUCCAUUAUAUCCUAUUUCAGGGAUUUUGUACUUUUAGACAUUAGGUUUACUAAAUACCACAUCUGCUUGUUUACUCAAAUUAUAUCUUUUACUUAUGGCUUUUUGCAUUAUCCAGUUUUCCUGAUAGCAUGGAUAGAUUAUUAUCUGAAUUUUUCUAAAACCACCCUUCCAUUUAAAUGUCAGAAAUUAUUUUAUUUCUUUACAGUAAUUUUGAUUUGGAUUUCAGUAUUUGCUUAUGUAUUGGGAGAUCCAGAUAUCUACCAAAACCUGAAGGCACAGAAUGUUUAUCCUUAUCAAUGUCCUUUCUACGUCAGCAUUCAAAGUUACUGGCUCUCAUUUUUCAUGGUGAUGAUUUUAUUUAUGGCUUUCAUCACUUCUUGGUCAGAAGUUAUUACCUUGGUACAGGCUAUUAGGGUAACUUCCUACAUGAAUGAGACUGUCCUAUAUUUCCCCUUUUCAUCCCAUUCUAGUUGUACUGUGAACUCUAAAAAAACACUCUUGCCCAAGUUCAUUGUCUGUUUUCUCGGUACCUGGUUACCAUUUGUACUACUUCAAAUAAUUAUCCUUUUAUUUAAAGUACAGAUUCCAGCAUAUAUUGAGAUGAACAUUCCAUGGUUGUACUUUGUCAAUAGUUUUCUCAUUGCUACGGUUUACUGGUGUAAAUGUCACAAGUUUAAUUUAAGAGACAUUGCAUUACCUGUGGAUCCAUUUGUCAACUGGAAAAGCUGCUUCAUUGCACUUGGAAUUCAUGAUCCUGAGCAAAUUGAAAAGCCUACAUCAAUUAUAAUUUGUUAACAUGUUGCCAUGUUAAAACUUACAACUGUGGUAUUUUCAAAGGAAAAAGAAUAACUCAGGGCAUACAAAGACUGAACUGAACUGAAGCCUCCCUCAACCACCUCAAUGUGUAUUUUGGGGCUACGAUAUUAUUUGUCUCUUUGUUCGUUUUUAAACAAAAUAAUUCCAGGAAAAAAUUUUAUACCUGUUCAGGAAAAUUGCAUGUUACAAAUAUUAACAUAGAAGUGAAAUGAGUUAACAUUUGGCCAUACUGAUGUUUCUGUUAUCCAAAAAAACUACUGGAUGCAAACUGUUAUGUAAAUCUGAGAUGCGCUGCCAACUUUUAUAUAAACUUAAAUAAACAUUUUUAUUUAAUUCACAGCAAUAAAAUCAAGAUGGUUUUCUUAAAA